AUGAACUCUAUCAAUGAACCAUUGUGUCUGGAGGAACUAGUAGUCGGUGGCAAUCACAAUCACAACCACAGUCACAACCACAACCACAGCGCCAUUCACCACCACGGUGUAAUGACCAUGCAUCAUCAUCAUCAUCACCUCAGUGACUCCAACCCCUUACCUUCCGCCUCGGAAUCCACUCUGUCGUCCCCACCGCACGGACAUGGACACCACACCACCACUGUCCACCGAACGUUGACCCCAAGUGACGCCGCUUCCGACAGAUCUGAUUCCAACGAUGCGUCCAAGAACAAAUCAGACGACGGCGGCGACGAUGAUAAAAAGAAAAAACGCCAGCGACGUCAGAGGACACACUUCACCAGCCAGCAACUACAGGAGCUUGAGGCCACGUUCGCCAGGAAUAGGUACCCAGACAUGGCGACCCGAGAGGAGAUCUCCGCCUGGACAAACUUGACUGAGGCCAGAGUUAGG